UUGUGGGAUAGCAUGGCCGGAGAGCUUGGACUUGGCGUGUCUUUGAGUCGUGAUAUGCUCAAGUGCGGCUUGUUGGCAGGUCUCGGAGCUGGCGUGCUGGGCAGCGGAAUCUACUGGCUGUGGAAGAGAACGCGAGAGACACCGCCCAACCCUUAUGAAGAUGAAAGGAUGAACCACAUGUACAUGGCCUUCCACUACACACCACCAGAUGAGUACCUGGUCCACCCCAAUGGGCCCAUCACGGCUCUGGACUUCCCUCUGCGCUGUGCUCAACUCUGCGGCAAACACCAGCAGGAAGGUGUGCUGAAGAGGGCACUAGAUGUGGGCUGUGCCGUCGGGAGGUCCACGUUUGAGCUGGCAAGGGACUUCGAGGAGGUGGUGGGAAUCGACUACUCUGCAGCCUUUAUCCACCGCUGUCAGGAACUCAAGAUGACCGGUCGCUCUGCCUACAGACUAAAGACCGAGGGAGACCUUGGAGAAGACAAAAUAGCAGCCAUUUCUCCCGAGAUCGACCGACAGAGGGUACUGUUCAUGGUGGGAGAUGGCUGCAAUCUUCCCCAGCUGGGCCAGUUCGGCUGUGUUCUGGCAGCCAACCUCAUCUGUCGUCUUCCCGACCCCCGCCCUUUCUUCAUCCGUCUCCGCUCCAUAGUGGUCGAGGGAGGCCUUGUAGUCAUCACUUCUCCAUAUUCCUGGCUGGAGCAGUACACUCCAAAGGCCAAUUGGCUGGGAGGGUACAAGGACAACGAAGGGAGAGAGGUUUCGGGGUUCGACAGUAUGAAGGAAAUCAUGGGGACCCAUUUUGAGCUGGUGGAGGAGAUGGGGAUGCCCCUGCUAAUCAGGGAGACUGUUCGCCUGCACCAGUGGACCGUGGCGCAUGCCACCGUCUGGAGAAGGAACAAUGUUUCAGGAUAAAAUUUGUGGCUCUCGUCGCGCUGUGAAAGCGCAUGCGCAAAUUAGCCGCGAAAAGCGAUGUCGUCGGGAGGGAAAGAGAUCUGGCUAGGGGCGCUGGCUGGUGUGGGGACCUUCGCUGCAGGUCUAGCGGUGUAUAAAGGCCUGCAGUACGUUCGCGACAGGAACAAACCGAGUGACGGGCACAGUCACGAUCACAGUGAUGAGUACAUGCUCAAAUGUUUCGGAACCCUCCACUAUGCCGCGCCGGAGGACUACCUUCUGUACGACUGUGUGCCUCGCGACGUGGUCGGCUUCCACGAGAAAUGCGCUAAUCUCUGCAUCAAGCACAGGAAGGAGGGAGUGGUGAGUCGGGCGAUGGAGGUGGGGUGUGCUUCUGGUCGGACCUCGUUUGAGCUAAGUAGAGGGUUUGACUCGGUGCUGGGGGUGGACAUCUCUCAGGCCUUCGUGGACAAGUGCAACGAGAUCAAGAGGACGGGGCAGACCGAGUACUGGCUGCCGGGAGAGGGAGAGCUAGGAGAGACCAAGAUCGCUCACCUCCCUCCUGAAAUCAACAGUAGCAGGGUGGAGUUCAAAGUUGGCGAUGGGUGUAAUCUGCCUGCCCUGUCCCCCGGUCCCCUGGGCUGUAUCAUCACCUGCAACACACUCUGUCGUGUACCAGACCCCGCCAAGCUACUGGAGCAGGCCAGAGACCUCCUCGUCCCUGGAGGAACCCUGGUUCUGGUGGAGUCUUAUACCUGGACAGAGGAAACAACACCCAAGGACAAAUGGCUAGGGGGUUACAAGGACAAAGAGGGAAAAGAGGUGGACACGUUUGAGGCACUGAAGGCAGUUCUGCUGCCAGACUUCCAGCUGGAGGAGGAGUGUGUUCUGCAGUGUGUGAGUCGGGAUGCGCCUCGGCUGUUCUUCUGGUUCCUCGACCACGCCACCGUGUGGAGGAAGAGAGAGAACCACUGAGCCUUAGAGAUUCUAGUGAACAUUAUUAAUUUUUCCGUAACAGGAUGGUUAUAUACAAUACAGCAGAUAAUAAUAACAGGACCAUCCUCAGUCAUUACGCAAAGCAGCACCGUUGUAAAUAUUAUAUACACCAUUCUAACUACAACAAAUCAUGAACAAAAUCUGAAACAGUGGUAAACUGAGAUGAAAAAUGAUCUCAAUGAUUCUACGAUUCUACUGGGUCAAAGUCCCCCAGAGUUCCUGAGUGUGUGUUGCUAGUCCUGAGUCUUCCUCCUCCAGACAGUGACGUUGUCAACCAGCCAGAACCACAGUCUGGGGUCCUCCAUGGACAGGACCGGCAUGUCGAAAGACUCCACCAGGUCAUAGUGAGGCGACAGGAUCUCGGUCAGGGUGUCUAUUGCCUUCACCUCCACUCCUCUCUCG